AUGCCUGAUUAUGUUGCAUGCUGUCCAGUCUCAAACGAUAUACACAUUCCACAGGCUACAAAUUUUUACUCCUGUCAUUUGGAGUGCAUCUGCUUCCAAGAAAAAAUAUGCGACCUGUACUUGAGACUGCACGAACCAGGGUCGGAGGAACUGCUGACGAUAUUUGGCAGCAUCAUUCUAAAUUUCAUCGACGACAUCAAGAACGUUAUGAUUGAGAAGAACCACCUUGAACAGCUCUACGAAAGAACGAAAGAUGAACAUUCACUGCAAAUAAAACGCAUGGAAGAUGAGAUCGACAGUCACGUGAAAACAUUGGAAGAUCGAGUCAGACUGGAGCAAGAGAAAAAGUUCAAACUUCAAGAAAAAGAAUGGAAAGCCAAACACGUUGACGACGUUGCGAGUCUCAGGAAUGAAAUAAGAAAAUUGAAGGAAUCAGCUGUCUUCACACAAGCCACCAAAGAAGCCAUAGAAAAAUAUGAACUCGAGUUGCAAGAAAGUAAAUUGAAGAACGAAGAACUGACAAAAACCAUUGAGGAACUAACUCUUGACUUAACCUCCACAAAAUCCGAGCUUUCAAGUGUGAAAAAGAAACUUGAAGAAAAAGAAUGCGAAGUCGCCAGGCAGAAGAAGAUAUCCCAUGAAGACAGCAUUGAGAUCGACAACCUGAUCAGCCAGAUUGAUCUACUCCAGUCUGCUAACAAAACUCUACACGAAAAGACAGAUGACUUAUGCGAAGCUCUGAGAAUUUGCCGUUCGUACUACAGGACUCAGGAGGCGGGUGCCGCUGCCUUAAGAGCCGCAGACUUUAAAAAUUCAAAAUAUGCGGCUCUUGCAGAAAGCAAAAUUUUUCAGCCAAUCUGCAUUGAAACCUUUGGUCCAACCGAUGCUCAGACUCAGAGUUUUCUGAAUGAACUCUGUAGCAGGAUUGUAGAAGUAUCGGGUGACCCAUUAGAUAAGAAUUAUGUAAAGCAAUCCUUUUCUAUUUUACUUCAAAAAUAUAAUUCUUUCUGUAUUUUGGAUGGAGCGUUAAAAUACCUGUGCGAAGCGUUUAACAUAGAUUAA